AAUCUGUCUGAAUUUAACCAAUUGUGUGAUGCUACUGUGGAAGUUCCCAUUUUCAAAACGAUUGCUUUCAAUGAAGACCCUGUGGGUGGAGCAGCACCGACGUUACUGGUUGAAGCUCUGAAGGAAGGGUUUGAGGUGGAAUACGAUCAAUCGUUGAUAGUUGCCUGUAGUGGGUGUGAGCAGUCAGGUGGGAGAUGCGGCUCUAAUAUCACCUCCCAGUUUGUCUGCUUUUGCCGUGACGGAGUGCAAUCUCCUUUUCUCUGCUCAGACGGCCGGAAGGUCAACAUAUCGAAAGUGAUGAUAAUAGCAUUUGCCAGUUUAUCUAUUGUAAUUGGAGUUCUGAUAAUUGGCCUCUGCUUCAAGAGAAAGUUUACAUCCAUUAAUAUCAUACAUUUUUUCGAGAAGGAAAAUCUAACCCAUCAAAGUGUCGAGACAUUUCUAAAGAAUAAUGGACCCUUUUCAAUAAGAAGAUACAAUUACUCAGAUAUCAAGAAAAUGACCAACUUCUUCAGAGAUCAAUUAGGCCAAGGAGGCUAUGGUUGUGUCUACAAGGGAAAAUUACAAGAUGGUUUUUUUGUAGCAGUGAAAGUUUUGAAAGAAUCAAAAGGAGAUGGAGAGGAAUUCAUUAACGAGGUUACGAGCAUUAGUAGGACCUCCCAUGUCAACAUUGUUACUCUUAGAGGCUUUUGCUUCGAGGGUUCUAAAAGAGCUCUAAUCUACGAGUUUAUGCCUAAUGGAUCUCUCGAGAAGUUCAUAUACCGAAAAGCCCCACCAAAAGUUGAUCAUCAUCAAUUGGGGUGGGAAACAUUAUAUAUGAUUGCAGUUGGCAUAGCUCAAGGAUUAGAGUACUUACACAAAGGUUGUAACACACGAAUCUUGCAUUUUGACAUUAACCCUCACAACAUUCUUCUGGAUGAGAACUUCUGUCCAAAGAUUUCUGAUUUUGGUCUUGCAAAAAUAUGCCCCAGAGAAAAUAGUAUCAUAUCAAUGUUGGGUGCAAGAGGCACAAUGGGAUAUAUAGCUCCAGAAGUAUUUUGUAGAAAUUUUGGAGGGGUCUCACAUAAAUCCGAUGUUUAUAGCUACAGAAUGAUGGUUUUAGAAAUGGUUGGGGGUACAAAUAAUAUAGAUGUUGAGACUGAUCAUACCAGUGAAACAUACUUUCCACAUUGGAUAUACAGACACCUUGAACUAGAUAAAGAACUAUGGAUGCAAGGUAUCAUAAAUGAAGAGGACGAACAAAAUAUAAAGAAGAUGCUAAUAGUGGGUUUGUGUUGUAUACAGACCGACCCGUCAAAUCGUCCAACGAUGAGUAGAGUUGUGGAUAUGCUAGAAGGAAGCCUCGACUCUUUGCAAAUCCCACCGAAGCCUUUUUUGUCUUCCCCAUCACGACCUCUAGGUGAUUCUUCGAGUACAGUGGCUCUCCAUUAUGAUUCUAUUAAAGCAUCCUCAUUGGCUUGGCCAAAUGAGGUGCUUGGCUAAAUUUGGAGUAAUUUGACCCAAAAACUCAUCACAUUGAAUUGGCCAAAUUCAAAAUAUUUUGGACUUCUGCUAUAGUCCAUGGCAAAAAAUGAAAGACUGUUUUCAUUGUCCAAAUAAUAAACAAUUGUUUUCUCACUCCAACCGAGCAAGCGGAAGUGCAGUGUAUGUGUUU